GUUCCAUUCGUCCUAUCCAGAUCUUGGUUCCAGCAGGCAUUAGAUCAACUUACCAUAUUUAAUUUCAAGAGCGUAAGCAAUGAUCCGAGUCCUCUUGCUGACGGUCGGCCUGGUGGCAAUGGCGCCUUGUGACUGGGCAGUUCGAGGAUCCAGCCUCCGCGUCCCAUUCGAGGUGCACCUGCGACUGCCAAAGAUAAACAUCUUUAGCCAAUCGCCAGUGAAAAGGGAAACAAAGAGGAGCGAGGCUGUGCGCGAGGAGGAGCGGGACGAAGUGCUGUGGACGAGCGAGUGCUCGCCGCGAGUGGCGGGUGUUCGGCGUGGUCAGGACGCUCGCCUUCAGUGUGAGGUGGUCGCCCCCACAGGCUCUGUCCUCACGUGGUACAAGGACGACGUCCCACUACACCGAGAGAGUGGACAAACUGAGGUAGUGUCCACGCCCCAAGAGCUCCUGAAAGAGGCGACCAACAAGCUGGGUUUGGAGGAAGAGCUGGUGUCCACUUCCGCCUCCGUCCUGCAAAUCUCCUCCGUCGUCUAUUUGGACUGCGUCUCGGAGCAGCACCAGGCGACAUACAAGUUGGAAGUGAGGACACCACGAAGCCGAAGGUCUUACUCUCGCCUUUUUACUGUAGUUAUCGUAGGGGACGAAGGUGAGGCUUUAGCGGAAGGCCCCACGUGCCGCCUGGGCAGCCUCGUCAACGCUCUGCCUCGCAUCUACCAACACUCCCCCGCGGCCAUAGGCCAUGUAGGGGACUCCGUGACGUUGCCUUGCCGCUCGCAGGGCCACAACGUCACUCGGGAAUGGUUCCUCAACGAUGAGAGGAUCUCCAACGAUGACAACCAUAGGAUAUCCGGCAACGGAGACCUGGUGGUGCAGCGGCUUAGUGCACAAGGUCACAAACGCUAUGAGUGCAGGGCGAUCAGCACCCGGUUCUCUGCCCUCACUGAUACCGUCUUCACUGCAGUUGUAAUUAUGUAAUGAUCUUCGACUCACCAUUGAAAACGACUACAGAGACUUCGAGGCCGACCCUUCUGGAUCACUCCUUACGCUAUAAUCGAUGAUAACUUUAUCAGAAGUAGUAUGUGAGCUUUAUUUGCCUUAAGACAAUGGCACAAAGAGGGAAAGCACAAGAUAAACGCUUAGAUUCGACUGUCCAUUAUUUUCCUCUACAUUUAGCAAGAGGGACAGUCAGUUUCUCUAGAUGAACACAGGUAAUGAAACGCUUUUAUGCACUUCCUGUCAGCUAUUUAAUAUACGAGUUUGCAA